CUGUCCUGCACAGAGCACUGCACUGACAUCACCGCACCACCAACCCACGCCCACCGUAGGCUGUUGGCUGUCUGCACUAUGAUUCGAGGUGUCAUUAUCGUCAACAACCAUGGGAAGCCUCGUCUUGUCAAGUUCUACCAAACUGUGGUCGGCGAAGAAGCCCAGAAAAGCGUGAUACAGCGCAUCUUUCAGCAGGUGGCACAGCGGCCAGACUCGUUCUGCAACUACUUGGAAGGGAUCAUUCCCGAGUGGGGGGAAGGCACGAAGCUCAUCUACCGGCACUACGCGACGCUCUACUUCGUGUUUGCCGUAGAUUCGCAGGAGAGCGACCUGGGCAUCCUCGACCUCGUUCAAGUCUUCGUCGAGGCCUUGGACAAGUGCUUUGAGAACGUGUGCGAGUUGGACCUCAUCUUCCACUCCGACAAGGUUCACUACGUUCUCGACGAGAUAAUCAUGGGCGGCAUGGUGCUCGAGACCAACAUCAACCAAAUCCUGCUGGCGAUCAACGACCAAAACCGACUCCACGCCGCCUCGAACAAGGUCGGCCUUCCGCCAUCUGGGGGUAUCAGCGCACAUGGGAGGCCUUCAGGCGGGGUGGGGGGUGGCGGAUCCUCGGGCAUUCCUGGGAUGCGAACACGAUGACACCGGCAGAAGUGUAGGCUGCCGUUGCACGUAAAAUUUCUUGAGAUAUUGAGGCACCCCAUUAGCCAACAGAACGUCAGGGUAUUGUCGAGGAAACCAACCCCGACUUACAUCGGUAUACCUGGGAGUGGUGUGAAUCAUGAACGACAUCAGCUUCAUCGCCGUCGCGGAACUGGGCGAAUCGGGUCCAAUAGAUGUUUCGUGAUCAAUCCGUCGGAAAACGCCAAGAAAACAGGCUGGGUGACAGGUGUGGGGAAGGAUUCGUGAACGGCUGGGAAUAUUUCGGCUCACUUGGCUGGACUUUGGGUGCUGAGUUUAUGCUUGUUCCACUGGCCGGGGUGAUAUUUGCCCGUCUCGGCGCCUAGUUAAAGAGUCGCGGUGGCGCAAAGAGAAGUACAAGGUGGUCGGUAAACAUUGGCGCACACACAUGCGGCCCGCGCCGCAAACGUGGAGACAACCAAGUAGCAUACAAGGAAGGACAGAUGAAGAAGUGCACACAUGGGUCCCUGCCCUCGUCCUGCGCGACGGUGACAGCUUUGUUUGUGUCCCCCUGAUGAGGGGUUGGUUGAUUGGGCGGGAAAGCGUGAAAGAAACCCCAUGCCACGUACGUCGACUAUCGCCAAGCGGGAGCAGCCUGAAAUUUCGUGAGCUGAGAGAAAAUCAAUCUCAGUUUCUGUGCAUAUGCCAGGAUUUCUGUCAAGACAUAAAAUAAUGUAGUCGUUGUUUUACCCGCAGCAGAACCCCCAACUUGCAAUUGGGGGGAACAUCUGGAAUCAACGAAGGC